AUGGUUGUCGUCACCGAGGAAAGCACAUCCAACGGAGUGAUCUCCACCUCCGUCAAACAGCCAAAUGCCAUAACGAAGGUGCUAGAAUACACGGAGCAUCUGUCGACCGGCGGCGGGCUGGAGAGAGCAUCAAUGGAGAUCUAUUCCCGAGACAAAUUCAACCAAAGUAACCUCACGGCUGCGCAACAGAUGGUGAACAAGCUGACAGCAACUCCGAAUGCACAUAAAACAGAGUGGAUCUUGUAUGCGACCUUCUUUGGCUUUAUGAUGGGACUUGCUAUCCCCCUGAUCUUCGUGAUGGCAUACCGCGAAGAUUGGAGCCGGUUCUGGGCGUGUUGGCCACGCGGGAAGGCAAAAGAUGCAAAAUCGGACGAUCCGUUCGAAACAAUGCAUGAUCAAGGCAGUGCGCAGAGAUGCCAGCACCAGCGACCAGGCAUUCGCCGAGAUGAAGUACCGCAAGAGACUGCGGGAACUCGUGCUCAAGAAGGGUGCUGGGGACUCUCGAUUGGAUUCCCGAAAAAGAUCCAAUUUCAUCCAUUCUCUACCGUUUGA